UAAUGCCUUUCGCUCAGCGCGUGUCAUUAUUUGGAAAAUGGCGGCCCCCGUGGAGGACACGCAUGUUGUGACUGCGAAAAAAACAGUACGAGGACCCCGACGGGUGGCCAACCAGAUUCCUGAGGAGAUCUUGAAAGACCCCGACCUUCAGCAUGCUAUCCGCGCCCUGCCCGAAAAUUACAACUUUGAGAUCCAUAAAACAGUGUGGAGGGUGAGACAGGCCAAGGCAAAGAGAGUGGCGGUGCAGCUGCCAGAGGGGCUUCAGAUGUUCGCCUGCGUGAUUUCUGACAUCAUUGAGAGGUUCACGGAGGCUGAUGUCGUCAUCAUGGGGGACGUGACGUACGGAGCCUGCUGCGUGGAUGACUUCACUGCCCGGGCCCUCGGCGCCGACUUCCUGGUUCACUAUGGACACAGCUGCCUCAUCCCCAUCGACUCCAUGGCCGGGAUGAACAUGCUCUACGUGUUUGUCGACAUCCAGCUGGACACGGCCCACUUCCUGGACACACUGCGCUUCAACUUCCCGGCCGGCUACUCGUUGGCACUGGUCAGCACCAUCCAGUUUGUGGCCGCGCUGCAGUCCACCAGCGCUGAGCUGCGUCCCCAGUACAAUGUUCUGGUGCCUCAGUGUCGCCCCCUGUCUCCCGGGGAGAUCCUGGGCUGCACGUCCCCCCGCCUGGAGCACCCAGUCAAUGCCAUCAUUUAUCUUGGGGAUGGACGGUUCCAUUUAGAAUCUAUCAUGAUUUCCAACCCAGACACACCUGCCUACAGGUAUGACCCCUACAGCAAGGUCUUCUCCCGGGAAUACUAUGACCACAGCGCUAUGCGCGCCGCCCGCCGGAAGGCCACCGAGGACGCCCGCUCCGCCCACACCUGGGGCCUCAUCUUGGGCACUCUGGGGCGCCAGGGCAGCCCCAAAGUGCUGGAGCACCUGGAGUCCCUGCUUCAGGCUCAGGGUAAGACCUUCUUCAGAGUCCUGCUGUCUGAGAUCUUCCCCAGCAAGCUGGACCUGCUGCCAGAAGUGGAUGCGUGGGUGCAGGUCGCUUGUCCCCGCCUCUCCAUUGACUGGGGCUCUGCCUUCUCCAAGCCCCUGCUGUCUCCGUAUGAGGCAGCGGUGGCCCUCAAAAAGGCGGAGUGGCAGGAGGUGUAUCCCAUGGACUUCUACUCCAAUAAGAGCUUAGGACCCUGGGCUGUCAAUCACCCUGUCAACCAACCAGCUCGCCCUGCUCGCAGGCAAACAAGAGAGAAAAAUAAUCAAGUCGUAGCUGCUCCUACCCAGCAGUGUGGAAGUGACCAGUGUGCCCCCUGUGGUUGUCAGGGAGAGUGAUUCUCCUGUUACCCAUGACAACAGCCAAUCACGUGCUUGCUGAGGACUCAAGGCAAUAUAUCAGGGAUUCUGUGAUAAGAACUAUAUCUAUUUGCAUCAUGGUUUUCGUACAUGGAGACGCCACACCUCGUCAAUUCUCUGCAGAUCUACGGCACUUUGUCUCACUACUCACACAGGCUAAUGUUCUGGACUGAAUGUAUAAUAAGUUUUAAUACUGCUGGAUGUUCUGUGGGGGUAUGUUAAAAAAAAAACUCAAUGUUGCUUGAUUGAUCAUUUAACUGGUCUUUGCCCCAGAGUAACUGCGGAAGCGCAUGUGUCUGUUUUCAAGUGCUCUUGACCUUCAAUUUGAGUCCUGAAGAUGAGUAUGAAUGGACAACGGAGAAGGUCAGCCUUUGUACCGCCAAAGAAGAUGAGACCACUUUCAUUUUCCUUUUUAUUGCAAAAAUGUUUGUUCUCUUUUCCUGUUUUCAAAGAGGAUGGGUAUUCUGUGUGUGGGGAGCACUAAUGUAUUCCAUUACCAAAUUAUUUAACAGUACAGUGCAAAGACUUGCUAUUAUUUUGUAUGUCUCUGGUGUAGAGAACAGACUGGCUGAUCUUUUCAUUUUUCCAUUUGAAGUAUAUUUCUCCCUAGACCAGAUCAAGGGAAACUGUUCGUCACCAGAAUAUUUGGCCAGCACAGUAAAUUAUAUGAAGAACUCUCACAGAAUACAAAUUGAUGACUCUUUGGCCCAUUUUCCUUUAUAAUAAACAAACAUUAAUAAACAGAGUGGUCAUAAUA